GGUGGCGUAGAGGGGAAAUAGAUGCGGUCACGUGAUAUGCGCCGGGGUUAGAAUCGCUGAGCUGCUGCAGCUCAUUGUUUUACUGCCCGGCAGGUCAGGGGUCACGGGGGCGGUGUGUAUCAUCACUCCGGUGUAUGUGCGGGAAUAACAUGUCUGUACCGCUACUCACCGAUGCCGUGACCGUACCUGCGGGGGAACGGGAGACCGGGGCGGUGAUUUUUCUUCAUGGACUCGGUGACACGGGACAUGGCUGGGCCGAGGCACUGUCAGCCAUCAGACUGCCACACUUGAAGUAUAUUUGCCCACAUGCGCCACGUAUUCCAGUCUCUCUGAACAUGAAGAUGGUGAUGCCUGCAUGGUUUGAUCUGAUGGGUCUGAGUCCUGAUGCUCCAGAAGAUGAGGCAGGAAUCAAGAAGGCAGCAGAGAGCAUUAAGACUAUAAUUGAGCAUGAAGUCAAGAAUGGAAUCCCGGCCAAUAGGAUUGUCUUGGGAGGUUUCUCUCAGGGAGGCGCUCUUUCUAUGUACACAGCCCUCACCUGCCAACACAAACUGGCUGGAGUAAUUGGACUAAGCUGUUGGUUGCCUCUUCACAAGACGUUCCCUCAGGCCGCAAGUGGUGUAAAUAAGGAAAUCUCUGUUCUGCAAUGUCACGGAGAGGCUGACCCUAUGAUUCCUGUUCGCUUUGGAAACCUCACCUCGGAGAAGCUGAAAUCUGUGUUGAGCCCUUCGAAAGUCCAGUUCAAAUCAUAUCCUGGAGUCAUGCAUAACACCAAUCAGGAGGAAAUGAUGGCAGUGAAAGAUUUCUUGGAGAAAGUUCUCCCACGAGUGUAACACAUUGGUGACUGGCUUCAGGAAAAUGUUACUUAGCAUCGCCUCAGUGUUUCUUUCUCACCUAAAACAUUCCUUGUCCUUUUAUCCACACCCACACUGGUUUGUGACAUAAGUUUUUUUUUUUUCCUUUUUCUGCCGGCUGUGACUGUAGCUGUUUAAGGUACUGAGAGGAGGAUUCUACUCCUGCAUUUCUACUAUGGGUUCUGGUGCACUGCAGGAGUUUAUAGCACUGCUGCUUCACACAUCCUCCUAGUAUUGCAUUUCACAUCCUUCUGAUGUAACGGGUCUCCUACUGGUAACAUCACAAAACUAUCAUAUACCUCUGAUGAGCAACUGAGUAUUUUGAAAGAUACAGUAUGUGAAUGUACCUUAAACAGUCUGUCCUCUGCAGAGCAGAGCUCAGGCCUUUAGCAACGGUUUCUGUAACAUGGUCUAGGUACUCUUCCACAGCCAACUGUCCCUGCUGCACACAAACUUUAUGCUAUUGGAGCAGUUAUGUUCUGAGCUUGAUUUAAAGAAUAGAUUCUAGAUAUUUCUGAAGUUUCUACAGCCGUGCAGAUCUAUCGGAUAUCUUUGUGUGGGCUCAGAUGGACCAAUCACUAGUUAUGUCUGACAGAUAUGUGAAUAAAUAGGAAUGGGGCAUAUCUGAAUAGGGUCCAAAUGUCUUAUCUGCUUGUAAGAUAUGAAAUAAAUUGAGAACAAUCUGUACCUGAUAUUUAAGGCAGCAUUAUAGAUUACUGCAAUUACACAAUAUAAGUUAUCUGUAAACCACAAAAGUAUGUGUUAGCAGUAGCUGGGCAGGUACUGGCCUGCCUAUUUUUUCAACUCUUAGGAUAAAAUGUUUCAUCCUCAGUCUCCUGUGAUUAUGCUGGAAUGCCUUUAGAUAUUACUGAGUCUUCCCUUCUCAAAGAUUACUGCCUUGUAAGUAAGCAGGCGUACGUCAUUCCCACUUUAUAAACAUUUCCAAUUAGGUGAUAGAGGUACAUAUAACUGUUCAAUGAAAGGUUGUUAACUGGCUAGAAAGGGGUGAAAUGUUCUCUUGGGAAUGCUAUUUUAAGCAAAUAGAAUUCCUUGUGCCCAUGUCUCAUCUGGUUCUAAACAGGGAGAGUUUAAUGCUGUUGGAUGCUGAGCUGUUUAUUAAACACACUAGUACCAA